AUGGAAAUUCACAAAUCCGGCAAAUCGAACCACUUAAUAGCCUGUGAAGAGCUCGUCGGAUACUCUAUCGCUCAACCUAGCUUGUUCAAAAGGCACCAAUUGCUUCCUAUUCGCGAUCUGAAGCUAUUGACUCGGGACUAUACCCCAAUUGCCAAGAAUGUGUUGACCAUUCUAGUCAACCUCUCGGCCGAUGAGGAGAUCUUGAAGACCCUAGCCGAAGAUGACGAAUACAUCGAGUCCCUCUUGCUGAAACUGACGAACAUCAAGGACCCAAAUGUCGAUGAAGCCGCCAUGCUUUUGGCCAACCUUAUCAAGUCUGAUCACCUUCAGAAAUUACAUACAUUGAAGCGCCGAAUUCCCGAGGGCGUCUCGACCUCCGAGAAUGCUAUUGAUCAGUUGAUGGACUGUUUUGUGAAGGGCGCAGAGGGGGGACUCAAUAAGCACGCCAACUACGAUUACCUGUCCUACUUCUUUGCCGAUCUAUCCCAAACCGAACAGGGACGGGCCUAUUUCACUACCCGACAGGAAUAUGAUGGAGUUGUCCCCAUCACCAAACUGACAGUCUUCACCGAACACAAGAGCGAAAUUCGUCGUAAGGGAGUUGCCUCCACCAUCAAGAAUGUGGCCUUUGACGUCCCCUCCCACCCGAUGUUAUUCGCCGAAGAUGAGGCCAACCUGUUGCCUUAUCUGCUCCUCCCCAUUGCCGGACCUGAAGAGUUCCCCGACGAUGAAAUGGCGUCUAUGCUGCCGGACCUUCAAUUGCUACCGCCAGACAAGCAACGUGAAAGCGAUCCCACCAUUCUCACCACCCAUCUGGAGACGUUACUUUUGUUGACCACCACACCCGAAUGUCGGGCUCAAAUGCGUGCGGUACAAGUGUACUCAUUCAUUCGGGAAUGUCACUUGAACGUUGAGGAUGAAGAUGUACGGGAAGCAUGUGAUCGACUUGUACAGGUGUUGAUGCGAGACGAGGAAGGAGAGGGAGGCCAAACCGACGCAGAUUUGACAGAGGCACAGGCGAAGAUUGAAGCACCACCUGCCGAUGAAGAUGAGAAAGUGACAGAGUUGUUUUAA